AGAAGAGGAAUGAGAGGAAAGAGUGCAGGUCUGUCUCUCUUUUUUGGCGUCUGAGCUUGUUCAAUGUUUUGGGGCCAAAGGGAUCAGGGGGCCGCCUUCUCGGGAUUCACUCGCCGGGAAAUAAUUCCUCUUUGGACCACUGCUGUGGACCCACUUCUGCCGAUUGGCCGGCCGGAUUUGCGUCAGAUUUCAUAAUGGCCGAGUCAGCCUCGAAAUACAACUGAAAGAAUUCUGAGCGGCAUGGACCAGGGUGUCCAUUCGAAAAUGAUUUAAUUCGGCUGCACCCACUCUAAGCUUAAAAAACACUUUGCUUGGUUUAGAGGAGAGCAAUGAAUUCGAAUUGAAAUAAUGCUUGGAGGGAGGGAUCAUCAGCCAGGCAAAUGGGCCAUAUUGUGUUACCCUCUGUCAGUUUAUGUAGAUUGAUCAAUUCGAGAAACGGAGUAGACCCCAAGAACGUGGAGUAAGACGUAAACAACAUGUGUCGGGUAGGUCUGGAUUCUGGAAUGAAAACAAGAAGUACAUAGUGGAAUUUGUGGAUGAACUGUGGAGCACAAUUUUUUCGAACCUCCAAAAAUGGCCACUGAUUGUCCUGAAAAUGCUUCGAUGCCCCCGGUAAUCUCAAAUAGUUGUUCAGAAGAUGAGAGCGAUGUUCGGAAACUUCGUCUACAGGUCCAGCAACUGAAGAACAUCAUCAAGAAAUUAACCGGUCAGGAUCAAGGCGGAGCGGAAAGUUCUCCAUCGACUGGUGGGUGUGGCUCCGCCAAGAAAUCGACGCGGAAAUUUGAUGCUACUUUGUUCAAAAAACGUCAUGUCCUGCUGCAAAUUGCUUAUUUCGGUUGGGAUUAUCACGGUUUCGCCGUUCAAGAAAUUGCGGGCAAGACCAUCGAAAGCGAACUGUUCAAAGCUUUGUUGCGAACGCGUUUAAUCGAAUCGCGCGAGACGUCCAAUUACCAUCGUUGUGGGCGGACGGACAAGGGCGUGAGUGCUCUCCGUCAGGCCGUGUCCAUCGAUUUGCGAACCCAAUUGAUGGAGGGUGCCGGCGUUUUCGAUUAUGAAGGAUGUCGAGCCCAAGAGCGAGUCAAGACCACUUCCGAGGAGAUUGAUUAUUGCAAGAUCUUGAACAGCAAUCUUCCGGAUCACAUCCAAGUGGUGGCUUGGGCCCCUUGUGCCAAAUUAGACUUCAGCGCUCGCUUUGAUUGCCACAGUCGAACCUACAAAUAUUUCUUUCCCCUGAGUAACAUGAAUCUCGACCACAUCAAUGAGGCUGGUUCGUUCUUAAUUGGAUCGCACGAUUAUCGCAAUUUCUGCAAACUCGACGUGGGUAAUGGAGUGGUGAAUUACAUCCGACGAAUCGAUCAGGUGAAGGCCCAAUUCAGUGAUAACGACCCGAGUGAAGGUCGGUCCGGCGGAUAUCGCAUGUGUGUGCUCACCGUUGUCGGCAAGGCUUUCCUUUGGCAUCAAAUCCGAUGCAUUGUGGCCGUUCUAUUCCGUGUGGGAGAGGGUCUCGAAAAGCCCACUGUGAUUCAAGAGCUCUUGGACAUUGACAAGAACCCAUCUAGGCCCCAAUACAGCAUGGCCUCUGAAGUACCUUUGAACUUGUUUGAUUGUCAAUAUGACGGCGUUGAUUGGAAUUAAAAUGACGAAGCGUUGCUUAUCGUCCUGAAACGCGUGCAGUCGCUAUGGACCGAUCAUCAGGUGAAAGCAUCCAUGCUCAAAGCCGCUUUGGAUGAGAUUGAGAGCUGUGUCUCGUCCGAGGAUUGUUUUAAGACAUUUCAAACCAGAUGUCUCGUUCCCAAUAGUAACACCAAAUCGUAUAUCCCACUUAUGAAUAUGCUCAAGUGCAACAGCUUAGAAGAAAAAAUACAUCACAAUGAGGCAAAAAAGCAGAGACUUCAGUGAUCGCAGCAAUCUUGAUAUUGGCUGGAGAGUACGCUAGUAUGAAAAAAAAAUAAUUCAACGAAAAAUGUGAUUCAUCCUUCUUCUUGUCUAAUAAACUCACUGGCUGUA